CCACAGUACGGGUACGGCAUACACUCGAACUUUCGUUGCAGCACGGUGCCAAGUAAAAAAGUUAGUUGGAAGUUGGAAAAAAUAUAACCUCAAUUUCGACAAAUUUCUGGACGAAUAGCAGUCGUGUAUUAUUCGGUAUCCGGACGGCUAGUCACAGCUUAAAUUCAAACAUGACCUUAUAGUUGGUUUUCUCGAUAACAUUGAUUUCGUGAACACCUGUAUAAUAUAAAUUGUAUGGAAAUUUCGCAAAUUGAUGGCGCAUCGUUUACUCGGACGUGGUUUAAUAAAGACUAAGAAAAAAGUUGACAAUUUACGUCAACCAUUUAACUACUUGUUAAUAUUGGACUUCGAAGCAACCUGUGAGAAAAAUGGAGCUUGGAAAACGCCUGAAAUCAUAGAAUUUCCAUGUAUAGCACUGAAUACAAAAGAUUGGCAGAUUAAGGAUGUUUUUCAUCAAUAUGUCAGGCCAAGAAUCAAUCCGAUCCUCACACCAUUUUGUACAGAGCUUACGGGAAUAAUGCAAGAAAUGGUUGAUAAACAACCAUAUUUCCCCGAAGUUUUUCACGAAUUUCAAAACUGGCUCGAGCAAAAAGGAUUUCUUGAUGAACAAAAUCCAAGUGCUCUCGUGACUUGUGGUGAUUGGGAUUUGAGGGUCAUGUUGCCGAAUCAGUGCACCCUCGAUCAUUUGGAGAUUCCUAAAUAUUGUGAACAAUGGAUAAAUCUGAAAAAAUCAUUUUGUGAAGCUACAAACUAUUAUCCUAGAAGUCUAGUCGAUAUGCUUCUGAGACUGGAUAUCUCUCACCAAGGAAAACUCCAUUCUGGCUUGAGCGACUCUCAAAACAUGGCAUCUAUCAUAACAGAACUUCAAAAACGUCACAACUUCAUUUUUACGACUACUUCAAUAAACAAAAUUGAUGUAAAAACUACAACAUGAUAUGUUGAGUUUAUUAAUCAUCGUUAGUGAUAUGUUGUUAAAUAAAACCAUCUUUAUUACUA